AGUCUGCGCAGAUGAUGCAGGGUGGAGGGCCGCGGGGAGCGACUCCCAGCGCCUGCGCAGAUCAGCGGCUUCUCUCGCGAGGACGGGCGCCAUUAUCGCAUCUCCCCGACAAACACCACGAGAAUUCCGCAGCCCACACGGUGACAGAAUCCUAGCCCUGUGUGAGUUUGAUUCUUGCUUGUUGACUGGCCCCUCUUCUCUCCUUCUGGAUGAUGUCAGAACAGGAUCUGGCGGACGUGGUGCAGAUUGCAGUAGAAGACCUGAGUCACCAUCACCCAGUUGUACUGGAGAAUCAUGUAGUGACAGACGAAGAUGAACCAGCUUUGAAACGCCAACGAUUAGAGAUCAAUUGCCAGGACCCCUCUAUAAAGUCCUUCCUGUAUUCCAUUAACCAGACAAUAUGCUUGCGAUUGGAUAGUAUUGAAGCCAAGCUGCAAGCUCUUGAGGCUACUUGUAAAUCAUUAGAAGAAAAGUUGGAUCUGGUCACGAACAAGCAGCACAGUCCCAUCCAAGUCCCCAUGGUGGCGGGCUCCCCUCUCGGCGCAACACAGACGUGCAACAAAGUGCGAUGCGUCGUCCCCCAGACUACAGUAAUACUCAACAGUGAUCGGCAGAACGCCAUUGUAGCCAAGAUGGACGACCCCUUGAGCAACAGGGCACCGGAUUCCCUGGAAAAUAUCAUUAGCAACGCGGUUCCCGGGCGUCGGCAGAACACCAUUGUGGUGAAGGUACCUGGGCAAGAAGACAGCCACAAUGAGGAUGGGGAGAGUGGGUCCGAGGCCAGUGACUCCGUUUCCACCUGUGGACAGUCGGGAAGUCAGAACAUCGGAAACAACGUCACCCUCAUCACCCUGAACUCAGAAGAGGACUACCCCAACGGCACCUGGCUGGGGGACGAGAACAACCCCGAGAUGCGGGUGCGCUGCGCCAUUAUCCCCUCCGACAUGCUGCAUAUCAGCACCAACUGCCGCACGGCAGAGAAGAUGGCGCUGACGCUGCUGGACUACCUCUUUCACCGGGAGGUGCAGGCCGUCUCCAACCUCUCGGGCCAGGGGAAGCAUGGCAAGAAGCAGCUCGACCCCCUCACCAUCUAUGGGAUCCGGUGUCACCUCUUUUAUAAAUUUGGAAUCACAGAAUCUGACUGGUACCGAAUCAAACAGAGCAUCGACUCCAAAUGCCGGACAGCCUGGCGGCGGAAACAGCGAGGCCAGAGCCUGGCCGUCAAGAGCUUCUCUCGGAGAACGCCAUCCUCCUCCUCUUACAGUGCAUCAGAGAGCCUGAUGAGCACGCCACCGCCCGCCAGUGAGAUACCACAGCCCCAGCCGCAGGCCCUGCACUAUGCCCUGGCCAACGCCCAACAGGUCCAGAUCCACCAGAUUGGAGAGGAUGGACAGGUCCAAGUAAUCCCACAGGGUCACCUCCACAUCGCUCAGGUGCCUCAAGGGGAGCAGGUGCAGAUCACGCAGGACAGCGAGGGCAAUCUACAGAUACACCACGUGGGACAGGAUGGGCAGGUGCUUCAGGGGGCCCAGCUGAUAGCGGUGGCCUCCUCAGACCCCACUGCCACCGGCAUGGAUGGGUCACCUCUCCAGGGCAGUGACAUCCAGGUCCAGUACGUCCAGCUGGCGCCAGUGACUGACCACACUACGGCAGCUCAGGGUGUCAUCUGUUGCUCUCAGUACGCCCCGUCCAGCUGGCUCUCCGGGCACUGAUGGUGCCCCGGCUCCUGAUGGCUUCCCAGCCAUCUGAUGUGUCAAGGUGUUCCAGAAGCAUCUGGUAUUUUUCCUGCUCAGACUGGAAUUGGCUGUCUCUCCAAGGAAUCCUGGUCACUGUUAGAGGAAGAUGGUAUUUAGAAACUACGAUCUGGGUGCUGGGGGUGCUCCUGCUCCUGAUGUCCAGACCCAGCCCUCCCAGUGACCAGAACAGGGCGUGAGUGUGAGUGUGAGCAUGAGUGUGUGUGCGUGUGUGUACAGAUAAAUGUGUGUAUGUGAGUCCACACUCACACAAAUGUACACCCGCACAAUGCAUUCACUCGCGCACACACUUUAUCCAUCUUUAUCUGCCAGUGAGUUUUCCCCAGUCAGCCACUGGCUGGCUGGCUUCCCUUGUCAAGCGAUCUGUGUUUUCACUUCAUUGAUGUACAGCAUUCCUCACUCGAUCCAGAGCAGGAUUCCAGGCCCGGAAGAAGCAUCUCCCUCAAGCCUGUAAUUAGAUGGAGGGAGCCCUGGCUCACCGGGAAACCUGGAUGAGCGGCAGAACUCAAUUUGCCAUUGAGGCUCUCUGAACAGAUUUCUAGCCUUUGCUGUGCUCUUUAUAAGAGCAAAAGUUGAAAACCCUUCCUGUGCAUCGAUGAGAGAAUGGUUCCUUGACCUGUGGCUUGGGCGUCAGCCACCGAAUUCUUGACUCCUGACUGAGGGCCGGGUCGGAGGGCAGGGUGGUAGUUUCUCCAGUGAAGCCUGUGGAGGUGAGAGGAGAGGAUGUUUUGGCAGAACAGCUUGGACUUGGCUCCAGGACAGUGCAGAAAGGAGAGAACACGCCGUCCUGUGUCCCUGGGGGGCCCAGACUCCUUGUUUGCUGGGGGCAUGUUGGAGCCCCCAGCUUCACUCCAGAAGACAUCCCUACACCCUUGCUUGUGGACUGGCAGUGCCUUCUGCUCCCUGGACUUGCGGUAGAGCAGGGGUGGGGAACAUCUGGCCCACGGGCCGUAGAAGUCCCAAGAAAUCAUUUGGUCUGGCCCCGUGGUUGGCGAACCACGGCUCGUGAGCCACAUGCGGCUCUUUGGCCCUUUCACUGUGGCUCUUCCACAAAAUACCACGUGCGGGUGCGCACGUACAGUGCAAUUGAAACUUCGUGGCCCAUGCACAGAAGUCGGUAUUUUGUGGAAGAGCCACACUCAAGGGGCCAAAGAGCUUCCUGUGGCUCACGAGCCGCGGUUUGCCGAGCUGCAGUUUGCCGACUACUGGCUCUGGCCCUGCCAGGGCAUUAGGGGUGAGUUAAGUAAAUGUUUAACCAAGUAUAGAAGGCUAGUUUUUGAUAAUUUUGUGUGGCCCAAAAUGAUGUUAUAGAUAUCCAGAUGGCCCUUGGCAUUAAAAAAGUCCCCCACCCCUGCUGGAGAGCAAGGGAGGGACGGAGAGAUUCAAGUCCUAAUCGGCACGUCCAGUGAGUCAGUGUUCGCCGGCCCUGCCUUCCCUCUGCUGCUGCAGGUGCGCCUGUCUCCACCUGGAUGUGUCAACCAGCAGGGAAAGCACUCCUGACUCUGGCCCAUUUCCUUUGUUGAGGCGCCUGGGCAGGGCCGAGUCUGUCUCCCAUCCUGAGAGAUCACUAUUUGCUCAACCGACUACUGUGCUCUGGCCUGUAGGGUCCCACCCUCCUUUCUCGUUGGGCAGCAGAACGGCCUGGCUGGAGCCAUAGCACUGAGGGCAGGUUUCCACGAGGCAGGAUUAGAUCCCCAAGCUCUGACCUUUCUCCCCACCCCACGGGGCUGGAUGGGUACCCUAGGCCCCAGGGCCCCCCAUCCCCAACAUCUCACCUUGAAAGUAAAGGGGCCCUCCUGGUGCCAGAGUAAGAGAACAUGGGGAGGAACGUGGGCCAGGGUGCUCGGGAGUCAGGAAGCGGGUUCUGACUGGUGCCAAGGCCGCUCAGGACAGGCUGCCAGCCUUCACUCCAUCCUAAGGGAGUGAAACGAUUCUGCCCAAUCCCCGCCCAGGUGGCCCAGCCCCCGCCUGUCAGCUGCUGCCACCAGCCCUUUCUCAGCUGGAAUUCCGUUCGUGGUGCUAGUCCCCCGUUAACUCCUGCCCCGUCGGGGUCUGACAAUGCCCUCUCAGGUGCCAGAGGGGCCUUCUCGUCCUAUAGUAGUGGUGGAAGACCAAAAGCUGUGAACCGCACACUUCAUGUCAGUGAAAUGUAUGGUAUGUGAGUUACAUCACAAUGAAGCUGUAAUUUGUAAAGGGCCUUAUUCUAAUUAUAAUAAAUUAAUGAAAACAGCAUAACUCUUGGUA